AUGUACACCACUAAGACUCUCGGUUUCUUGGUCGCCAUUGGUGCGGGUACGUCCGUCGCCCAGCAAUUUACCCCAGCUCCAACUUGUUCUUUCUUGGAUACACACGAAACAUCUACUCUCGCGCCCGGUGGUAUCCUAAGGGACCCUGAAGCCUAUGUAUCGGAGCUCUGCGGCCUAGCAGUUGAUCUACCCCAGUCGGCAUUGUCCGACUUCUCAGGCUGGGGCCCUUCGCUCCUCAGUUUCGCCGGCGAGAGGAUCGCGACGUAUGAUCAGGUCGUUACCGAGUGCAUUACCACCGGAACGGCCGCUUCUUCUAUCACUAGCUACCUCCACUAUAUCGUGUCAAACCCUGAGAGCCUAUGUCAACCUACCGCUACCCCGACUGGAGGUAACGGCACGGCAUCCGUUACAAUUACACCUUACCCGACUGCUACACCAACCGGCAAUAAUACCAACCCCCGAACAACAUCAAUACCUGUGGCGGCCGCCGCUAGACCUACCGAAGUCCUAGUCGGUGCUACCGCUAUGGGCGGUGUCAUCGCUGCCGCGAUCUUGCUAUAA